UAAACCCAAUUUACAAUAGCAGAGAAGAAGCAUUUUCCAAUCCAAACCCUGAAAUGGACGACAGAGACAAAUCCGAAAAGAGAAGCAGAGAUCGUCACUCCGAACGCCAUCGCGACUCCGAUGACCACCGCCAUCGCGACUCCGACGACCACCGCCAUCAUCGAUCAGACAGGCAUCACAAGCGCGACCCCAAAUCCAGGGACAGAGAUAGAGAUAGGGCUUAUGACAGAGAAGGAAGCAAGGACAGAGAUAGGGUUCACGAGAGAGAGAGUAGGUCGAAGGUGAAGCGCGAUGAGGAGAGGGAAGAUUCGGUGGAGCCGCGACACUCCUCGCACUCUCACAAGCGCAAAGAGAGGGAGCUCAGCGAGGAGAGGGACUUGGAGGAUAAGAAAAUUAGGGUUUCCGUCGAGAGGAGGGAACGGAGGAAGUUUGGGGAUAAAGUAAAGAAGGAAGAGCAAGAAGAGAGAGUAAACGGUGAUGAUAAAAUCGGAGGUAUACCUGAGGCCAAUGUCAAGGAGGAAGUCACCAAUGGCUCCCAUGCCUCUGCUUCUUUCGAAGACGCUGCAUCUGUCCAAAACGGUGCAUUGGGAUCACUAGCUGUGGCACCCUUGGCUGUGCCUGAGACAUCUUUGACCCCUUCUUCUUCUUCUUUUCCCAUCAAGGUAUCUUCGAAUUUUACCACAAAUGAAAAUAAGGGUGUUAGUAUUACCAGGUCUCAUGAGGUUACUGGAAAAUCUAGUACAGAUGGGCCGUCUUCAACUGCUGGAAAGCCCGGAAGCUUCUCUAUUGAUGCACUAGCCAAGGCUAAGAAAGCUUUACAAAUGCAGAAAGAGUUGGCAGAAAAACUGAAGAAAAUUCCUCAGUUGAAUAAAAGUUCUACCCAAAAUUUGCAAGGAGGCUCAAAGUUGGGUUCAAAGGGUGAAUCUACAGCGCCAUCUUCCAUUGCUGGAGUCGCAUCAAAUACUUCCACCUCAACUUCUCUGGGCCCAGUUGCAAACAUGUCAAUUUUCCCAUCAACUGCCUCUGCUACUUUUGCAAAUUCUCUCGCUAGUGGCACUAGCGCUACUGGUAUUGCAAAUCUACCCAACCUUGAAGCUGUCAGGCGUGCUCAAGAGCUUGCUGCCAGGCUGGGAUUUCAUCCUGAUCCACAAUUUGCUCCUCUAAUAAAUACGUUUCCUGGUCAUAUGGUAACAGAUGUUGCCAUUCCACAGAAACCCACCAAGGCCCCUGUUCUUCGUCUUGAUGCUCAGGGACGAGAAAUAGAUGAACAUGGAAAUGUUGUUAACGUGACCAAGCCCAGCAACCUUAGCACAUUGAAGGUCAACAUUAACAAACAGAAGAAAGACGCAUUUGAAAUACUAAAACCUGUAUUGGAUAUUGAUCCUGAAUCUGAUCCUCAUUUUGAUGCAAGCAUGGGUAUUAAUAAAACAAAGCUCCUGCGACCAAAGAGGAUGAAUUUCCAGUUUGUGGAGGAAGGAAAAUGGUCACGAGAUGCCGAAUCCAUAAAAUUGAAGAGUAAAUUUGGAGAAGCUCAAGCAAAAGAGCACAGGGCCAAACAAGCACAGUUGGCAAAGGCAAAGGCUGCUCCUGAUAUAAAUCCAAACUUAAUAGAAAUAACAGAGAGAGUUGUAAUUAAGGAAAAACCCAAGGACCAAAUUCCAGAAAUUGAAUGGUGGGACGUGCUUCUUCUGCAUGCUGGAAAUUAUGGUGAUAUUGAUAAUGGAAUCAUAGGUGAAGAUAAACUGAAAAUGGAAAAGUUCACUUUUUACGUGGAGCAUCCUCGACCAAUUGAACCACCUGCUGAGCCUGCACCACCACCACCUCAACCGCUCAAACUAACUAAGCAAGAACAGAAGAAACUCCGGACACAAAGACGUAUAGCCAAGGAGAAAGAUCGACAGGAGAUGAUUAGACAGGGUGUCAUAGAACCGCCAAAACCAAAGGUCAAGAUUAGCAAUUUAAUGAAAGUACUUGGCACUGAAGCAACUCAAGAUCCUACUCGGCUUGAAAAAGAAGUCCGUAGUGCAGCUGCUGAGCGUGAACAGGCUCACAUGGAUAGAAACAUUGCACGCAAGCUUACUCCUGCUGAGCUGCGAGAGAAAAAGGAAAGGAAGCUGUUUGAUGACCCAAAUACACUGGAGACACUUGUCUCUCUCUACAAGAUAAAUGAUCUCUCACAUCCGAAGUCCCGCUUUAGGGUUGAUGUUAAUGCUCACGAGAACCGUUUGACUGGAUGUGCUGUGAUCUGCGAUGGUAUUAGUGUUGUUGUCGUUGAGGGUGGAAGCAAGUCGAUUAAGAGGUAUGGGAAACUUAUGCUCAGGCGUAUUAAUUGGAGUGAUGUUUCGAAAGAGAAAGAAGAAGAUGAAGAAUCAGAUGAUGAUAAGACUGUCAAUAAGUGUGUUCUGGUGUGGCAAGGAAGUGUUGCAAAACCCAGCUUCAAUAAGUUCAGCGUUCAUGAUUGCAUCACUGAAGCAGCUGGCCGUAAAGUUUUUGUGGAUGCUGGUGUUCCUCAUUAUUGGGACCUAGCGGUGAAUUACGUAGAAGAUGAAGCUGUGUGACAUGUCUUAAAGUGUUUUUGUUCUUCGUUAUUGGCCUUAAUAAGGCCUUCUGGUGAGUGAUCGGUUCUAUAAUUUGCAUUUAGCAGUGUUUUAAACAAAAUAAUACACAUGAUAGAUCGAUUAGUGGUGUAAACCUUUUCAUGUUGGUUUGGAUGAUUCAGUCAAAUAUGUUAAUGAUUGCGUGCUAACAUUUGUUUAAAUUUGAAGCCUUCGUGAUUUUACUAUGUUUCUGACUAUCUAAAGUCUCUGAUUUGAUGUACUAAUAUUUUAUUGA